UGACGUCUCCCCGGACAACACUGUUCACUAAGUGUAAGCCCCCACCGUCAAAAGUGCACUCUCAUCCCAACUGGUGACUACUGCGCCUGUCGCACUCGUUCGUCGUAGGACAUGUACUGGUUUACAACAAAUUGUGAACAUUCUUAGGACAGUCGCGGUUGUUUCGCGCGAAAUUCACCUGUCUUUGUUUGUGACGGAAAACAUUGUCGAAGAUCAUUGUUGGCGCUCGAUUCUAGAUCUGUGGCAAUCUCGUGACGCAUAUAGCAUGUCCGGUUCUAGGGCCUGGUCUUUCAAUGUCGGCAAAUCCUGCUACCCAGCUCUGAACGUGCAUCUUGUAAUGAUCGUCACAAGCUCAUGUGCGUCAAUGGGGCUCCUUCAGGUACAUUUGUCCUUUUGAUUCGACUUCUGCCCAAGUCGCAUUCAUUGUAGGACAGGUCUAACUGGUCUAAAUACUGCUAUUUCAAAACAGACCACCACAAGAAGGCACGAUGGCAAGAGGGAAGUUAGCAGACUUAUUGUUCCUAGUGUGUCUCCUUAUAGGUGUUAUCAGUGUCGUUCAGUUUAUUUUCAUACCUAAGAUGCAGUCGAGUACAGAGGACGUCCACAGGUACCGCGGCCGUUGGUUUGACACCGAGAAGACGGGAAAGGUGCCUUUCGGACCAAUCAAAACUCUAAACACUUCCGACUUAGACACACGCUCCAGCGCUGUCGGCUUCGCCUACCCCGCGUCCGAGUUUUUCACCGUCUGGCACGAGGACAGCGUCCCAAGAGUUAACGGUAAACUGCGAGAGAAGAAGAAAAUCGUGGUGUGGGGUGACGGUGAGGAGUGGGACGAGACUAUUUCAUCUCCCUGUCGCCCUGACGUACCUCCCUGCGACAUAACACUAGACACCGGGCAAAGCGAGGGUGCGGAUGCUGUUGUCUUCUACUACAGUCGUACGCCUAACGUCUUCAACAGUCGUUCCAUGCCCAAACGGUACCCGCACCAAUACUGGAUCUUCUUCUCAGACGAAGCACCACUCUAUCCCGCCAUGCGUGCCCACGACUUUGCAUCUUACAACGGCGUCUUCAACAUGACCAUGACUUACAGGCUAGAUUCGGACGUCCCAGCCCUGUACGGAUCCACUGCUAUCGUCCAUAACAAACUUAACGGAAAGGACAGACGUCACAGUGAGGAAGACUACUCUGUCGGAAAAAAGGGUCUUGCAGUCUGGUUCGUGAGUAAUUGCUAUAAGUACUUACCCAGGUUCGCCUUUGCGAAGGAACUUUUGAAGCACAUGGACCUGGAUAUAUUCGGUAAGUGCGGGAAGGACAUAGUGUGUCCGGAGAAGGGCUACGACUGCUCGGACAGUAUCAUCAAGCAGUACAAGUUUUAUCUCGCGUUCGAAAGCUACCAUUGCAGGGAAUAUAUAACCGAGAAGUUCUGGAGGAAUGCCCUGGAGAACGAAGCAGUUCCCAUUGUGUUGGGGCCACCGAAAUGCGACUACGAACAGAUAGCUCCCCCUAACUCCUUUAUCCAUGUGGACGACUUUGAGUCGCCCGAGGAUCUUGCAGCUUACUUGAAGAGACUUGACAAGGACAAAGAGCUGUACAACCAAUACUUAAAAUGGAGGGCGUUACCGAUACCCACCGAAAGCAUCUUCAGCGACUUUGGAAGUGCCUGGUGCCGUCUGUGUAAGAAACUGCAUGAUGUGGACACGACUGAGAGAAAAGUGUACACUGACAUUGACGGAUGGCUGAAGGGAAAAAAUAACGAGAAGUGUGAGCCCGUCAUAUUUCUGGACUAUACUGACCCAAGAAAUAAUGUGCGUUUUGGAUAUAAUUUCACUCCUCUGUAGAUCUGUGGUCGUUAAUUGUAGACUACACACACACGCCCUAAGUUUUAAAACAUUCUUCUCAUUCUUUCUUUCUGUCAGGCGCCAUAUGCAUAUUGUCGGGGCUUGCAUGCCGUUCCCAUCGAGUGGAACAAACUUAUCUAAUAUUGUCCACAUCCACAUAUUGUCUAGUUGUCUGAGAAUGGAGGUUAACGUUGGCCCAUAGUAUUUUUUUUUACUUAAAUGACCUUCAAUUCUACUCGUAGCUACUAUUGUACAACCCGUACGUCCGUGACAGUGCCAUAGAAUCAAACUUCAUUUUCGUCUUUUGAUCGUCAUACCGUAGCCAAAAUAAACAGUACGUGUUAUCAAAUAUUCAAACCAUAAGGUUUACUAAAAAAAUCAUUUAGCGUCCUGCUGAAAUGGGUUGCUACAAUUUGCACUUUGAAGCAAACAGUAUGAAUACAAUAUAUGUAACGUUAUGAAGGGCUACCACAAUCAUAACAUGUACUGUGAUACAAGAAAUUAAGAUGUUGAACAAAUGCAGCGGUAUUUCUGUAAAUAAACUUCCCUUUUUAUUCUUGAAAAUGAUUCAAAAUAGAGACACGCGCGGAUGUACAUGUCCUUCGAAAAAUCCAGUCACUGUGCAUGUGACUACACAGUUCUGGUAACAACUAUGUUUUACAUGCCCCAAAUGUCUGAUAGAAGUCGAAACGUACCGGUUAUGGAAAAAGAAAACUCAAAUAUCCUAUAAUUGAGAUGUCGCAAAUAAGAGGACAGAAUUUGUUCAGAUAAAAUUGCAUGUUACAUCAUAAACAUCUUUUAUUAACACGACUUUGCUGGUUACAAGUAGUUAUAAAAAGCAUUGUUGGAUAAAAGGGAUAGCGAGUGUCGGAUUAGCACUAGCGAGUAACCCAACGACCAGGGAGAGUCGAUCCCUGGCCGCGCGGAAGGGUAUGAGUUUAUAUGCUUUAGGCUCAUAUAAAGAACCCACUAGGCCGUGGCUCGCCGAGUGAAUAUUGGCACGCAAUCAGCCUAUGUAGCUCUACCUGACGUCACGCCCGAUGACGUCACUGAUCUAUUUGUGAACACUGGUAACACUUUGUCUAAGGACGCUGGGUAACGAAUACUGGAAAGGACAAUGUGAUAAAAUAAAUUUCUGCAAGGGUAGUUGUAUCAUACUGAACAAGUAAAUCAUUUGCCUAGCAAAAGAUUUUAACAGGCUACGUGGUCCAUUUACCGGAACGGCUUGUCUUUUACCCGGAACUGCAGCACAGCGAAUGGUCGCUAAGAACCUUAGGCGCAGUAGGAAAACGAGCACCUUGCGUAUAUGUAGCAGCGCUCUACGUCGUAUAACACAUGUCUUUGGUACUACCGCUAUGAAAUAGCAAAACACAAUUGUUAUUUACUCGUACCUG